CAUGGCGGCGCCCGCGUGGCUGCGCCGCUGCUCCCGGCUGCUGGCCCCGGCCAGGCUCCCGAGCGUUUCCGCCGCGCGGGCGAAGUUCUACGUGCGGGACCCGCCUCACGCCCAGCCCGACUGGCUGAAAGUUGGCCUGACCUUGGGCACCUCGGCCUUUCUGUGGUUCUAUCUCAUCAAGCAGCAUAAUGAAGAUGUUUUAGAGUAUAAAAGAAGGAAUGGAUUGGAAUAAACUUUUGGAAUACUAACACAGUAUGCUCCGUAGAGUGAUAAAACAGUUCCUCUGGAUCCCAGUCUGUUGAGUUUUUAAUGUGAGAUGUUAUAUGUGAAUAUUUGUCAAGCCAGCAUUUGUGUUUUACAUCAUUACAUGAAAAAAUAAAAAUCCUCCUGUAUUCAGACUCUGUAUAUUGUGACAACAUGUGUGAUUCUAAGGUCCAUUGUAAGAAGUAUUUCACUGUGGAUGGUGCCAUCUGCUACCAGGGUCAGCAGCAAAGAAAUCUGAUAAGAAAGUUUAUUAAGGAGAUAGUUUCAGAAAUACA